GAUUUUGUAUUCAGCUUGAACGUCGUCUACGAGGGGUACUGCUACAUAUACCCGAAUCAGUUGAAGCCAUUUGUGAAAGGUAACGUGUCGGGACCUUUUUAAUAUUGAGAAGUGUAAUUGUAAUUGGACGAAAUGGCUGCAAUUUGUCUAUUAAACCCAAAAGCUGAAUUCGCGAGAGCUGCUCAGGCAUUAGCGGUGAACAUUUCCGCUGCGAAAGGAAUCCAAGAUGUAAUGAAGACGAAUCUUGGUCCGAAAGGCACCAUGAAAAUGUUGGUGUCUGGAGCAGGUGACAUUAAAAUCACAAAGGAUGGCAAUGUCUUAUUGCAUGAAAUGCAGAUACAACAUCCAACAGCAUUGCUUAUUGCCAGAGCAUCUACUGCACAAGAGGAUAUGACAGGAGACGGUACAACCAGUACUGUGUUACUUAUCGGGGAGCUGCUCAAACAAGCUGAUAUUUAUAUAUGCGAGGGUCUUCAUCCUAGAAUGCUCACAGAAGGUUUCAAUCUUGCUAAAGCAAAAACUUUGGAAGUAUUAGACUCCUUGAAGAUUAAUAUCGAGCCUACAAAGGAAAGCUUGAUGGACAUUGCAAGAACUUCUCUUAGGACUAAAGUUCAUCCUCUUAUCGCUGACAAGCUGACAGAGAUUUGCGUGGAUGCUGUGUUGGCUAUUAGGCAAAAAGAUCAAGAUAUUGAUUUGCAUAUGGUAGAACUGAUGGAGAUGAAGCAUAGAACUGCGGCAGACACUAAUUUAAUUCGUGGUAUUGUAACGGAUCAUGGAGCCAGGCAUCCGGACAUGCCUAAGAGAUUAGAAAAUGCAUAUAUAUUAACAUGUAAUGUCAGCUUAGAAUAUGAGAAGAGCGAGGUAAACAGCGGUUUCUUCUAUAAGACUGCAGAAGAACGUGAAAAGCUUGUAGCAGCAGAACGUGAGUUUAUAGAUAAUCGUGUGAAGAAAAUCAUUGAAUUGAAAAAGAAGUUGUGCGACGGAACGGACAAAUCGUUCGUUGUAAUAAAUCAGAAGGGAAUUGACCCACCGUCUUUGGACAUGCUCGCUAAAGAAAAUAUUAUCGCUCUGCGCAGAGCAAAGCGUCGAAAUAUGGAACGUUUGUCUUUGGCUUGCGGCGGAACAGCCAUGAAUUCCUUCGAUGAUUUACGGGAAGAGCACUUAGGAUGGGCCGGACUUGUAUACGAACAUGUAUUGGGAGAAGAUAAAUACACCUUCAUAGAAGAAUGUAAGAAACCAAAUUCUGUGACAAUAUUACUGAAGGGACCAAACAAGUACACUUUGGAGCAAUUAAAGGAUGCUGUCAGGAAUGGUUUGAGGGCUAUCAAGAAUGCUAUUGAUGAUGGCGCUCUUAUUCCUGGGGCCGGAGCUUUCGAAGUUGCUGCCAGUCAGGAGCUUCAACAGUACAAAGAGAAAGUUAAAGGAAAACAGCGUUUAGGCGUGCAAGCUUACGCAGAAGCACUACUUAUCAUUCCGAAAAUUCUUGCAAUAAAUAGCGGAUUCGAUGCGCAAGAUACGAUCGUAAAAUUGUUAGAGGAAAGAAAUUCAUUGGGUGAAGCGGUGGGUUUGGAUGUUUCAACGGGCGAAGCUUUAAAACCUACCGAUGCUGGAAUUUACGAUAAUUACAACGUAAAGAAACAAAUUAUUAACUCAUGCACAAUCAUCGCCAGUAAUCUGCUUUUGAUCGAUGAGAUAAUGAGAGCAGGGUUGUCAUCUUUGAAGGGCUAAAUUACCGUUAAGUAAUCGUUUAUCUCAAAAAUCAUUUUUGGAUACUAACAUCCAAGAAUGAUUUUUAGGAUAAACAAUUGCUUCUAAAAAUUACUUCGUUUAAUUUAAUCACCUCGUUUGCACGAAGCCUAUCGUAACUUUCGCAUAACUCUUACAUUUUGAUAUGCUUUCGAAGGAUACAAAUGAAUUGCUCCGAAUAACAAAUAAAAUGUUAUUUUCCAAUUAAAGAGCAGAGAAAUCGUGGGUAUUUAUUUCUUGUUAAUCGUUACAAGCUUCCUGCUAAUAACUACAAAUUCGAUUCUCAAAUGUAAGAAACAUUCACCUCGAACUUUGUACAACACUUGAAAUAAAAAAAAUUCAAAUAAU